CCCUCCCCACCCCCUCGUUUCCUCACAACACUCCCAAAAUGGCCUCCAAUCUCCACCUUCCCCUCCUCUUUCUCCUCUCUAUGGCUUAUUCCUCUCUGGGUGCCGUCCCAAAAAAGCCCAUGGACGUCCCAUUCGGUCGAAACUACGUCCCCACUUGGGCUUUCGACCACAUCAAGUACAACAAUGGCGGCGCCCAGGUCGACCUCGUCCUCGACAAAUACACCGGCACUGGCUUCCAGUCCAAGGGCUCCUACUUGUUCGGCCAUUUCAGCAUGAGCAUGAAGCUCGUCGGAGGCGACUCUGCCGGAGUCGUCACUGCUUUCUAUCUCUCUUCCCAAAACUCAGAACACGACGAAAUCGAUUUCGAGUUUUUGGGGAACAGAACAGGGCAGCCUCCGAUUCUUCAAACCAACGUCUUCACCGGCGGGAAAGGCGACAGAGAGCAGAGGAUUUACCUCUGGUUCGACCCAUCCAAGGACUACCACACCUACUCUGUCCUCUGGAACUUGUACAUGAUAGUGUUCUUUGUGGACGAUGUGCCAAUCAGGGUGUUCAAGAACAGCAAAGACCUAGGCGUGAAGUUCCCAUUCGACCAGCCAAUGAAGAUAUACUCGAGCCUAUGGAACGCGGACGACUGGGCAACCAGGGGGGGAUUGGAGAAGACGGACUGGUCCAAGGCACCAUUCGUGGCGUCGUACAAGGGGUUCCACGUGGACGGGUGCGAGUCGUCGGUUCAGGCCAAGUUUUGCGCGACGCAAGGGAAACGGUGGUGGGACCAAAAGGAGUUCCAAGACCUGGACGGGCUGCAGUACCGGAGGCUGAACUGGGUGCGCAAGAAGUACACCAUUUACAAUUACUGCACCGAUAGGAAGCGCUACCCAACCCUCCCACCGGAGUGCAAGCGGGACAGAGAUAUCUAGAAGACCAGUACUGGGUAUUAAUUAUUAUUAUUAUUAUUAUUAUUAUUAUUACCAUUACCAAGUGUUUUCAAAUUUCUGGGGGAUCCAGCUGCUCCGCUAUUAUCUUGUAUUUCUCAUCAUUUUUCUUGCAUCCUUUUGCUCUAUUUUGUCCUCAUCUGCCUGCGCCUGCCCCUCUCCCCCCCACAGUCCCUAUCGCCUCGUGCUUCCCCCCCCCCUCUUGGAAUAUGUUUUCCCCUUAUUUUUA